ACUCUCAGGGGUUUCCUGUGGACAUGCUGACAAUGGACAGGGUCUCUCCCCUCCACGAGGCCUGCCUCGGAGGACAUUACGCCUGCACCACUUUCCUACUUGAGAAUGGGGCCAAUGUGGAGAUGGUAUCGACUGAUGGAGCCACACCCCUCUUCAAUGCCUGCAGCAGUGGGAGUGUUGCCUGUGUCAGACUGAUUCUACAGUACAGCCCCAACACUCAUGCUGUCCAUCACCUGGCAUCACCCAUCCACCAGGCUGCAAAGAGAGGUCACAGGGAGUGUCUAGAGGUGUUGCUGUCCCAUGGAUUCCACAUAGACCUGGAGCUGCCUGGUGUGGGAACCCCUUUGUACACAGCCUGUCUGGCCCAGGCCACCGACUGUGUGGAGAGACUGCUGCAAUCAGGUGUUGAUGUCCAGGGUGGGUGUGGUCAUGACACACCAUUACAUGCUGCAGUUGUAGGGGGAGAAGUCAGGGUGGUGGAGCUUCUGAUGGACUACGGGGCUGAUGGGAGUUGUAGGAAUUCAGACGGGAAGACUCCUCUAGAGCUGGCAGCUUGCGACAGUACAGUCAGAACUACAAUACAGAAAAGAGGUCCCUGCACUCUUUCUCAGCUGUGUCGGUUCUGCAUUCGGAGGAGUUUGGGACAGACUCGUCUGGACAGAACAUCAGCCCUCUUCCUCCCUUACAGACUCCAGGCUUUCCUGCUUUACCAGUAACACUGAAAUGGCAACUUUUUUACAAAUGUUUGGUAAUUUGUAUUUAUUGCUAUUUUAAUCAACUUCUACUUGUUCAGUGGUUUUAGCAGUGAGUUGGUAACUGAACAAAUGAAUGGUUUUGUUUUUCUUGGUUUAAUAGAAACUGGGUUGACUGAUUUGUAGCUUUUCUCAGGAUGCUAUAUUUUCUAAUAAAUGGUCAUAUUCAACAUA